AUGAAAUGAAUACGCGACAGAAAGAGUAGUUGGGACAAGCGAGAGAUGAUGCUUCAGAUCUCCCGAACCCAAAUGAGAGAUAACAGGAGAUCCCAAGGCAGUGCAUAAUGCGAUACGAGAGAAAUUUUUGCUGCAUGUGACUAACCAUCCGGACUGACAUCUCAAAAAACAAAAAAUGGAGUCUGAUGUCGAACUGCGCGUCUUCUCGCUACCCUCUCGCAGGGUGGCGUCGGCGAGUCAGCAAACCUGCACAUGCAGCUAGUGUCGCCUAUCUCCGGAUGCUCCUGGCGUGUCGCGCGUUACUGUCGAUUUGGGUCUCGCCAUCUGCAGGACAGGCAGUCGCUUCCGCAGCGGUACAGAUACCGAUAGCUGCCUUCCAGGACACGUCGCACCUUCAUCAUGUCCCAGUCAAUAUCCUUUCGCCGUCGACCCCGAGUGACCUGGAGCAGGUUCGUUCUUUGCCUACGCAUGGUAAGGCCAUUCUCGACAUCAAAAACCACUGGGAGAGCGAUCGGUCACAUGCACGCUCCUCUAAGAGCGACUUGACCGACUUCGGGUAUCGGUCGACUCUGCGGCGGACUCUAGGGGAGAUCUUGACCUCGUCGAAAAACGUUUCGAGGACGACUGCGAGUGGCACAACAUCGCAACAAACGCGGAACGCUCACAUUCCUUCCUUUAAAUCCGAUGUUAAGUAUAGAGCCGUUGUCGGAGGUGCCGGUGCAGAGUCAGGAGAGGGGUACCUGCGUCACAUGCGUGAUCUGUAUCGGUUCCUGUCACCACGAUUUGGAGAGCAGGGUCCAGACUUCAGCGAAGCAUCCGACGACGACAAAGAGCCGCCAACGUAUGCGAAGAUCGAUGGCCUCUAUCGUAACCUUGACAAGGCGAAUUUCGCGUUCAUCGAAAAUUCCGACUUCGAGCGGGACUCGAUUCUCCAUAGCCGACACGUCUUCGAGCGAGAUGAUUGGGUGAAUGACUUUGAUUUCAGUAAACUCCACGAGGGGCAGCUACAUUCAGCGUCGGCAUCGUCCUCUAGUGAGAGGAUCCGGCGAGAUCCCGGCACAGGAGCAUCAGCUACACGCGCGAGUGACGCAGGCAGUGGCGCGGACGCGGACAGCGACAUCAAGGCCAAGGCUCUAGAAAAUACGCGUCGUUAUUUCGAUUUCCUGCGCAGAAUGGACGCCAUUGGCGAUCCUCCCUUCACACCAGACUUCGGUGAUCCGGUUGGCCGUCUCUCACCCUGUAUGUUGGGAUAUGCGAAGCAAGUUUUCGAGAUGGAAAUCGUCUUCGGAACCCUCUCCGGGUUCCGCAUUGCCGAAAUCGGCGUUGGCUUUGGAGGCUUGGCGCAUGCUUUGUUUGCGAGAUUUCUGAGCCUGAGGGGGCGGGAAGAAGACAAGAACGAUCGGAUCCGGAGUGGAGAAGACUUAUGGAGGGAAAAACAUAUUUCAAUACUGAUGUAGGGAGGCUCGCACUCGCUGCUCUAACUCUGAAGGGUCGCGCAAUGAUUUUCCUUCUAUCUUCUGGUUAGACUCGGAUCCUGAGCUUCUCGGAACUUAGCACACUCCUGCACUUCAAACUGAAAACGAUGACGAUGUCUACAUCGUCUAAAACUAAAAAAGUCAUCAGUCCAGCGUUCUCCUCCACCUUCCUACACCUUGAUCGAUCUUCCAGAGGCCGAGCAGUUGGCCUUCCGCGUGCUCCGGGAAACUAUAGGGCAAGAAAUCGACGUCGAUGAUCGUGUAAAGCUGUACAACAGCGACUCUCAGAUUGUGCUGAAAAGGCGUGCAGAUGAGUUACAGCGCAGGAUAUGGAGGAAAGACUAUUUCUUGGCGAAAGCGAGAGCGAAAGAAGGUGUGGCAGUUCGGAGUGGGAACGCGCAAGACAGUGUUCAGAAGAGCGCAGCAACAACAUCGGAUGAACGUGAACUACUCGGAAACGAUAGAAUCGAAAAAUUCGUCGAAGGAGACCCAGGAGAAAGUCAAACAAGUCCUGCAGAAGUAGUGCAUGAUGACUCCGUUUUGAUGCAGAUUUACGAGAAUACCAUUCAAGCUGGUGUGGUGCAACGUGCAAAACAUACUCCAUUUAUACAUCUCGUCAACGCAGCCAACGAACCAACAUUGGCACAGAUGGCAAAGGAUAUUCAAGGGCGCAGACAUCGCGAUCAAGACCGAGCUGCUGCGUCGUUACCAGAAGAAAUAGUAGAUGCUUCGCCCCCUAUAGAGGACGCUGAACUUCAGAGUGUCAGUGAGGACCAAGAGCUCUGGUUUGCAUCUACCCUGGAAGAAAAUAAUGAGCCUUCGCUGGAGUUGGCCAAUCCGUCUGUCGACCUUCGUGAUGCAGGUGAAGCGAUAGCAGCUGUCGAAGCAUGGCAGAGAGGCAGAGGCAAAGACCGGAGACACGAGCCUCUAGGUGUCCAUUCCCUUUCAUCGGAUUCUGACUCUCACUCAAGAAAAAGCACAACAACCUCCACCGCUGGCGUCCAUUUCGACUACGAUUUGUGCAUUUCCAACUACGCUUUUAACGAGCUCGUGGAUGAAGCGUUGGCGAGAGAGUAUGUUGACAACAUCCUUUUACGGCAACCAAGAGACGGUCAUCGUCCUCACCAUUAUCCUUGGCGCGUUUUUUUCUAGAGGAAAAAGGCGCAGGGAUGCCCUCAGGGUGCAAAAAACGCGACAGCUCUAAUGUUUGCUCGUUGUAAGCGAGUCUGGAUAUCUUGGGGACUGGCUGGUGCUGAUACUGGUGCCGCGUUUGGGGGACUGCGGACAUCCAAAUGGCAAAUCGAAAUCUUCAAAGCCAUGCAUCGUUUUUCUGCUGUAGAAGUGAAGAAAAUGAUGUAUAGGAGAUGGAAGGAACAGCGUUUAGUAGGUGAUGAUCUUCUGUUGGAAAGAGACGUACUAGAUUCGAAUGCGAAUUCUGUUGCGCGUGCGCUAGAGGCAGAGGAAAGACCAAGUAAUGAGAAACAAGAGGCACGAACAAACACGACUACUUUGUUCGGAAGAAGAAGCAAGGACCUUCAAAAGCAUCUUGCUCUUCUCGCCCGUCUGCAUCAUGCCCUUGUGCCGUUCUUCAUCUCAGUGCCAGAUGUUCCAGUUCUGGGAGGAUCUGUCUUUAUGGAUAACAAGAACAAAUAGAACUUCUAGAAGCUGCUAGGGCUAGCAAGUAGAGCAACGACUGCUGCACGCAGUACAAAGCUACUCCUGGUUGCAAAGCUACGGUCUUUACUACCACAUCCGCCUUCCCUUCCCCAACAUCUCCCAUCUUCCUUUCAUCACAUCCCAGGCACAAGUGUCCUUCCUGACAUUUUGUCCCAUCCCAUAUUCAUAUCCAGGGCGGAAGCAACGAAUCGAGUUUUGAUCUACAUGAAUCCUUUAGUAGCCACUUUGGAACGUGGUUCUCCGAUCUACAAUUUCGUUGAACCUUGGGAUUGGUAUACAGGCUUCGGACGACGUAUUGGUCUCUGGUACGCAGCUAGGACCAGGGCGUAUGGUGGCCAAGUGCGCUAUCUAGCGUGGAAAGAUGAAAAAGAUGGUAGACCGAUGGUUGGAUGGAUUCGAGGAGAGUUUUGAUUUUUUGGAUGUCCUUCCUGGUCCUAGAAAUGGAGACAAGGGAUCUAUUGAUAGAG